AUGAAUGCCAAGGACUAUUUCCUCGAACGUGACAGUGCUCCCUUCAGAGCCCUGCUGGCCGAGCAGUUGCUGAACCUGGGCCAAGUCGAAAUAGUGGACACCUGGCGCGAAGGCAACGUGAGCUACCAGAAAGUAGUCACAGUGCCAGACUAUGAGAGGUGGGUGCCCGCUGUGGGGCGCAAGUAUGUGAAGGAACCAGACAUCAUGUUCUAUGACACGAUCGCCUACGAUCCAGCAGAGCUGGACGAUGUCGAGAAGGGGUUGCGGAUGACUGUCACCAGCUAUCUGCCCCUGCUGGGCGACAAGAUGCAAGGGAGCAGGACGAUUGUGAUUGAGCCGGUGGAUGAGACCCACUGCCGGCACAGGCUGGAGGGGCAGAUCAACAUCAAGGUGUUUGGGAUCGGGCGGCUGGCAGAAAAGACCAUCAUUGACAGCACAGUCAAGACCUUCAAGGCCCUGCCUGCCAUCGUUGAGAGAUACAACAUGGUGCGUGAGGAACUCUUAAGCGCUCCUGGGGGCCGGGAGGCGUUGCUGGAUGGCAUUCCAGACCAUCUGCUGGAACUGCAGGGUGUUGACAUGGCCAAAAUUGGCAGCAUCCUCCAGGAACCAUAUGAGGAGCUGGACACGGCUGACAUCAGCGAUGACGAGGAUGACAAGUAUGAUGUUGUGGGCGAGCUACUGGAGGAAGCCGCCCCUGAAGUUACCCCUGAGGAGGCCGCCAAAGACCUCAAGCGCUCUGACACACUCUUCUACGACGCAGACGAGCAGAGCGCGUGGAUGGACCCGGAGUGGGUGCGCGCUCUGGAGGAGAGCGCCAACAACCUUGUAGAAACCGACUUCGCCACGGCCGAAGCGAUAGCGCGCGAGGAGCGGCGGGCGCUGGCUCGGCUUCGGAAAAUGGCACCCUCCCACAUCCGCACCGUGCUGCUCAAUCGGCGCCUCUCCCAGGAGCCCGCACCUGGGCCGAUGGAGCGCAGCCGGGAGGACGAGGAGAAGCGCCGGCGUUUCAACGCCAGCGCCAAAAAGUGGCGCCAGUUCUGGCACCGGACCCAGCCACGCGCCGCACCUGUUCCCAGCAUUGCAGCACAGGCAAUCCACCUACUCAGCAUCAGCGCCGCUGUGGGCUGGAUCAAGCUGCAUGCAAGCAGCAAGAGAGGCAGUGAAGAGGAAGAGAAGCCCAAGCCUCAGGUGUUGCAGCUUGGAGAAGUGGAUCUUCUUGAGUUGUGGCAUGAAGGCAAUGGCAAGAUCCGCUACGACAAGGAAGUGCACAAAGCUGACCUUGACAGGUGGAUACCAAAGCUGGGCCAGGAGCUGAUGUGUGAUCACUUGCUGUGCUAUGACUCUUACCAAGUCGUCAAAUAUGAACAGACAGCCGCGGAUGAGCCUCCAUACCGCAUCCUCAUCACCAGCUCCUACCCCAUCCUGGGAGAUAAGUUUCAAGUGCGCUGGACAGUGGUCAUUGACGCACUCGAAAGGAACCAGUGUCGGCACACUGUGGUGGGAGAGGUCCAGUCAUCCAGCCUUGGUGGUAUCAGCAAGCUGCUUGAGUACAUUGUCAGGGACAACAUCGUCAAAUCUGUAAAGCAUCUGCCUGAAAUUGCCCACAGGUAUCUCAAGCUGCGCCCAGUCAUAGCGGGUUCAUUCAGAAAGACAGCAGACGGAAUCAUUGCACUGCAAGUAGGCAAUAUGGUGCCUGACUUCAUGGACGUUUCUGAUGUGGACGAGACAAAGCUGAUUCUGCAGGGCACAGACAGCAAUCUUGAGGAGAAAGAAGAAGGGCCAGUGUUCAUCAGCUUUGAGAAGGGGCUGGGCAAACCUCUGAGCCACCAGGGCAAGUGGGCCGCUAUCAUUGAGGCGGCAGCCACACUUGGAGGAGAUGCUGUAGUGGAUGAGGCCACAGCAGCUGCUCUGAAGCUGGACAGGCAGCUUGCCCUGCGCCACCUGCAGAGGCUGCCAUCCUCCCAGGUCCAGAUGGUCGACCUGGGUGAUUUCAAGCUCACUCACAUCAUCGAUCACCCAGCACUCGGCGCAAAACCAGCUGCCUAUAAGUCUAUAGGCAUGGCAGACUUCCUUGUGGACGAGAAGAACAAACGGGUGUGCAACAAGCUCACCCAAAAAUGGGCCGACUUCUUCCGCAGGAUCAAGCCGGCCCCAGUGCCAAAGGGCAACGAGACAGCCCGCAUCUUCCAGCUGCUGGCAAUUGGCACAGCCAUUGGGCUGGUGGACCCUGGAGUGGAGCCAGCAGGGAUGCCUGAGUACAGCGCUGAGGACAGCACCAGGAUGAAGGAGCACAAGGAGAGGCUGGAUAGGCUGAAGACGCUGUUUGAGGAUUUGAGCCUCACAUAG